CAUGCUGGAGCUGGGCUCCACACUUCCACUCACACUGGUCCAGCUCCUGACCACAGAGUACCAGUCCCCAGGAGGCCUUUCACUGAAUCACCGUCAGCAUGCCUAAAGUCGUGGUACCAGGUUGUGCACCUUUCCUGAUGGACACAAUCAGGUGAAAAAACCGAUGACAAGAUGAGGGCCUUCGCUGAGAAGGUGUUUGCAUCGGAGACCAAAGAUGAGAACAUACGUGAUGAAAUCUCCAUGUUCGAUGUGGCUGAGGAUUGUCCCAUCCUUCACCAGGAGAUGGCCCACCAUCUGCAUGCUGACGAUGAUGCAGAGAAACGUAAGAGGCUGCAGCGCUUCCGCACCGGAGCCAUUCCUGCGGCUGGUCCUCAGGUGGAAGUGGAAGUGGACGCACCAACCUACCUGGAAGUUCCUGAAUUCCAAAGAGUGGCUGUCAUUGGAGACUAUGCUGCUGGGGUGACCAUGGAUGACUUUGAGCUGGCGUGUAAGGGUCUUUACCGAGCCUUGACCAUUAGAGAGAAGUACAUGAGGUUGGCCUAUCAGCGCUACCCAAGAACAGCCUCCCAGUUCCUGCGUCAAAUAGAGGGAGAAAACUUCAAAGUUGAAGAUCAGGUGCAGCCAGUUUUCACUCCUCCUCCAAAGGGUGGGGAGGACCCUUUUGAUGUCGCCACCCUGCCAAAGAAUCUGGGCUACGUAGCCCGCAUGAAGGAUGGCCUUAUGUAUGUGUACAACGAUGCCGCCGCUGCUGACCAACACCAGCCCAAAGAUCUGCCCCAUCCAGACUACAACACCUUCAUCGACGACAUGAACUUUCUCAUCGCCCUCAUUGCACAGGGCCCAACUAAGACAUACACUCACCGUCGUCUGAAGUUCCUCAUGUCCAAGUUUAAUGUUCAUGAGAUGCUGAAUGAGAUGGAGGAGAUGAAGGAGCUGAAAGUAAACCCUCACAGAGAUUUCUACAACUGCAGGAAGGUGGACACUCACAUCCAUGCCGCUGCCUGCAUGAACCAGAAGCAUCUGCUGCGGUUCAUCAAGAAGUCCUAUCGUGUGGACCAGGAUCGCGUGGUGCACAAACUCAAAGGGAAGGAGGUCACCAUGAAGGCGCUGUUUGAGUCCCUCAACCUGCAUCCCUAUGACCUCACCGUGGACUCUCUGGAUGUGCACGCUGGCAGACAAACCUUCCAGCGUUUCGAUAAGUUCAACGCCAAGUACAAUCCCGUGGGAGCCAGCGAGCUGCGUGAUCUGUACCUGAAGACAGAAAAUCACAUCAAUGGAGAAUACUUUGCCACCAUCAUCAAGGAAGUAGCCAGUGACCUGGAGGAUGCCAAGUACCAGUAUGCUGAGCCCCGCCUGUCCAUCUAUGGAUGUAACCCAAACGAAUGGACCAAACUCUCCGGCUGGUUCGUCAAGCACAGAGUUUUCUCCCUCAACCUCAAAUGGAUGAUUCAAAUUCCCAGGAUCUAUGACAUCUUCAGAGGCAGAAACUUCGUCCCCCACUUUGGCAAAAUGUUGGAGAACAUUUUCCUUCCAGCGUUCGAGGCCACAAUCGACCCAGAGUCCCACCCAGAGCUCAGCAUCUUCCUCAAGCAUGUGACAGGAUUUGACAGUGUGGACGAUGAGUCCAAACACAGUGGACACAUGUUCUCCACCAAGAGUCCUAAACCAGAGGAGUGGGACAUCGCCAAGAACCCUUCCUACACCUACUACAUCUAUUACAUGUAUGCCAACAUUGCCGUUCUCAAUCAGCUUCGCAGACAGAGGGGAAUGAACACGUUCCUGUUCAGGCCCCACUGUGGUGAGGCUGGUGCCGUCACGCACUUGCUGGCCGCCUUCAUGACUGCUGACAACAUCUCCCACGGCCUUAACCUCAAGAAGAGUCCUGUGCUUCAGUACUUGUACUUCUUGACCCAGAUCCCUAUCGCCAUGUCUCCUCUCAGCAACAACAGUCUGUUCCUGGAAUACGCCAAGAACCCCCUGCUGGAGUUUCACCAAAAAGGCCUGGUGGUGUCUCUGUCCACCGACGACCCCAUGCAGUUCCACUACACCAAGGAACCUCUGAUGGAGGAGUAUGCCAUUGCAGCUCAGGUCUUCAAGCUGAGUACUUGCGACAUGUGUGAGAUUGCCAGAAACAGUGUGCUGCAGAGUGGUUUGUCCCACGAGGAGAAAGUCCACUUCCUGGGUUCAGAUUACCUGAAAGAAGGUCCGGAAGGCAAUGACAUCCGUAAGACCAACGUGGCUCAGAUCCGAAUGGCGUAUCGUUUUGAGACACUGUGCUACGAGCUCAAUCUCAUCAAGGAGGGUUUGAAGGCUGAGUAAACAAAGUAACCUCCAACGGGAAAUCAUGUGGUCAUCACCUUCAUGUCAAAGUUUAAUUCCAGAUGGAGAAACAACUUUAAGCAUAAAUACAAAUAAACUACAAAACACCAA